AAUUAGGUCCUGCGAAAUUGUAAACAAAUAUCUAUUUUAUCACUCUUUUGCAACAUUUAGACAUUCUAAGUUGAAAUAUAAGUAUUUAAUGGGGUUAUGGCAAUCCAUUGUUGAAAUAAAAUCGCCGGACAAUCGCGUUGACCAGUUUAUAGGUUAAGUAAUACUUCACCAAAAACAUCGAAACAUGUGUGAAGAUUUAAAGAUAUUAAAACAAGGGGCUGAAGCGAAGCUGUACAUCUGUAAUUACCUCGGGAAACCUACGCUAAUCAAGGAGAGGUUUGAGAAGAAAUAUCGCCAACCGGAACUCGAUGUCACCAUAACCAAAGAGCGCAUUAAAAAUGAAGCUAGAGCUAUCGUUCGCUGUAAAGCAGCUGAUGUCAAAACUCCAGCGUUAUAUUUAGUAGAUUUCGAGCGUAGACGCAUAUACAUGCAACAUUUCAUGCACAGCAUCACCGUGAAAGACUUCAUAAUAGACAUUUUCACUAAACAUCAAAAUAGCUCGGGUGAUAGGCCAAACAGCCUUGACAAAAUAGCCACACUAAUCGGCCAAACUGUGCGUAAACUUCAUGAGAACAACAUCAUUCAUGGAGAUUUAACUACAUCAAAUAUGUUAUUAGUGAAUAAAAACUUAAAACCCGAUGACUCUGAUUGGUUAGAUGCAGAUGUGGAAUUAGUCAUGAUUGAUUUUGGAUUAUCAUCCUUCGAUACUAGUGCGGAAGAUAAGGGGGUUGACUUGUAUGUCUUAGAAAGAGCGUUGAUAAGCACCCAUAAUGACUAUCCGGGGAUAUUUAACAAGAUCCUUGAAGCGUAUAAAAAUUACAGCAAAAAUAAUGUGAAGGAGAUUAUUGGCAAGUUUGAAGAAGUCAGGGCAAGAGGAAGAAAGAGGACUAUGGUGGGAUAGAGUUGUAAAUAAAAAGUGUUACGUAUUUAA